AUGGACAGAAAUUCUUUUUUGGCUCCACCAAAUCAAACAGAGUCUUUCAAUUUAAAAUCUCGAAUGUAUCUUCAGCUCUGCGAUCAGUGCAAGCAAUACACUCUCAAACAGAAGUGCCCACGCUGCGGCGGACAAACACGUUCCGCUCAUCCAGCUCGUUUCUCACCAGAAGAUAAGAAUUCUGCAGAACGUAUCCAGACAAAGGCUAAAUUCAACCUCCUUCCAUACCAGCAACCAGAUAUCGAAUACUAA